UCGCCUUGUUGUGUGUAUUCCCGUGCUCGCAUCGCCAUCUUGUUGCCAUCCUAUUUUUUACGUAUGCGAGGAUCUACUUUCCGUUCGGCCGGAUUAAAAAUCGCCCGUGUGCUUUCAGGAGAAACCCAAGGGACGAAAGGUUUGGGAGGGCUGGUGUGAACCGUGCAUACGACGCUUACUACUGGGACGCUACUUACCUCCCUCCCCCCUCCCUCGGUCUUUUUCCUCCUUCCGUCCCGGGCUACCGGGUCUCCUGCCGUGAGGUUUUACGCGCAAUGAGCAUCGAUACGCUUCUGGAGGCGGCCAGGUAUCUGGAAUGGCAAGCCCAGCAGCAACAACAGACCACACGUGAAGAAGAGCAACUUGAAGACAACGAGCUCAUCAGAAGGGAGGCGGAGUCAAAGCAUGUGGAACUUGUGGCUUCACCAUCUCAGCCAGUAGGAGCCAACCAUGUCACCUGGGGUGAUGAAACUCACCGUCAACAGCCGCAUCACCUUCCUGUCCUACCGCCCCCGUCUCUACCUACUCGUCAACUCCCCAUUGCCGUCAUCCCAAUGGUACCGGUUGUCACCGCGACGCCUUCAGUCCCGCCCCUUCCGCUCAAAACGCCAAUUGCUGCUGCAGCAGCGACGCUCAACAGCUCCCCGCCAGUCAAGAACUCUUCCUCCCCUCCACCUCAGCCGGCGACUCGUCAACUGUUGUGCUCCCCUCAGAUCAAAGUGGAACCCAGUGAGCAGCUGAUAGAUGUAAAGCCUGGAGCAUCACAGCUUCAGGUUCAGAUCAAGUACCCGGCCCCCAUCAGCACUAAUGGCUCCCAACACGCACUGGUUCCUCAUCAGGCCCCACCCAUACCUCAGCCACAACCUAACGGGGUGACCAUGGAGGAAAUGAAGGGAAUGGAAGGGAAGAGGAGACCAGGAGGGGCGGGGACCAGAGAGGUGCACAAUAAACUGGAGAAGAACAGGCGAGCGCACCUGAAGGAGUGUUUUGAGACACUGAAGAAAAAUGUUCCGAACAUUGAUGAGAAGAAAACGUCCAACCUCAGUGUUCUCCGCAGCGCUUUGCGUUACAUACAGACUCUGAAGCGCAAGGAGAAGGAGUACGAGCACGAGAUGGAGCGUCUGGCUCGAGAGAAGAUCGCAACGCAGCAGCGGCUGGCCGAGCUGAAGAACGAGCUCAGCCAGAACAUGGACGCCAUAGAAAUCGACAGAGUCCUCAGACAGACCAUCCAGCCAGAGGACGACCAGGCCUCCACGUCCACGGCCUCAGAAGGAGAAGAUAAUUAUGAGCAGGAUAUGGACGAGGACGUUCCCGCCCCUCCUGCUCCCACGCCCCUCCCCAAACCGGCUCCUCCCAUUUUACAAGCUCAGCCGCUCAUCACCCCUCACCUGGCGAUCCAGCACACCACACUGCCUAUUCUCACCAGCGCCUCCCCCGUGGGUCCCCCUCCACCUCAAGCCAUUGCCCCUGCUCCAGCCCCGGGUCAACCCCCACCGCCACCUCCUCUUUCUAUCCAGCCCCCAGCCAUGCAGGUCCAGCCCACCGUCAUCGCUCACGCCACUGUGUCCCAUGCUUCAGUCAUCCAGGCUGUCAAUAAUGCCCUUCCCGCCAAUCACAAACACCUAACGCAUAUCGCCCCAUCACCUGGCCCCAACUCUUCCACCCCUCAGCCGAUCACAGCGGCUCCGGCUGCCCCUGCCACCGCCACUCACCAGCCAAUAACUGCCCAGCCCAUCGGACACAUCACCGUCCAUCCGGUGGCCCACCUGGGCUCUCCUUUGGCAUCCCACCUCCCAACUCUCUACCCCCAGGGCAUGUCUGUGUCCCAGCCCACGAUGGUGGGCCACAUCGCCCACACCUUCGCCCACCACACCCUUCCUCACGUCCAGGCCAAUCCUCAAACUAACACUAACGGCGCCCAAGUGAACAGCGCGACUGUGGUGAGCCAGGGAAGCCCGUCGCUAGGGAAACCCACAGCAGUGCUGGCCCCUCACCCACAGCUGGUUGGACAGGCUACUGUCCUGAACCCUGUCACCAUGGUUACAGUCCCAACCUUUCCCGUCAGCACGCUCAAACUGGCCUGAAACAGACAAUAACAGACAGGACGGAGCGAUGGAUGUGAGACAGGAGAACGAGUUUUCAUCUCCUGUCAGUCGCAGAGUCUCUGACAGACACGUGAACAUUUGAGCAUCAACUGUUUCUGGACUUUGUGUGAUGAAUAUCUUCUGAGAUAUUUCAGUCACAGCUCUGUUAGUUUGUGAACAAUUACAUUAAAGCUGAGUCAGCAGGUCGGGCCAUUGUUUGUGAAAAUGCGACUGUGACGUUUGUCUCCCCCGCAAACACAGGAACUCUGUUUUACCUUUUUAUCUUCCUUCCUUUUCUCUUUAUUUUACUGCCAGAGGCACUAACACAAUAAGCUCAGUUUGCACUCAGGCAUCAAGGAUUUACCUUAACUGGUCAUUCAGUCAUUUAGGGGAAAUGAUUACAGCGAGACAGAGAGAGGACUUUGAGCUCGUGUGGGACGUGUAACGUCACUCCUGUGUUUAAAGGGUGGAGCUGGAGUUGGAUUCAGUGGUCUCAUCCAGAUAAAUCACACGCAGGGCCGUUUAUCAGUUAAUUACAUCACAUAACAUUACAUAGUUAAUUAGGGCUAAAACAUUGUCACUUACUGAUGCAGUAAUUUAGUUUCUUCUACCAGGAACACGACAGGAAAGUUUUUUGUUCUUCCCCUUUCGCUUUUGCCAUGAUCUAAGUUCGACACGUGGCAGACGAAGUCAUUCUUUAAACAUCUUGCAAAUAGUUUAAGGAAAAGAAUUUGAGGAUGGUAGUGCAAUAAAAAAAACCUGACACGCUGCAGUUCAGAAUACAAAAAAAGGAGACGGCACAUCUUUUUAAAGGCAAAUUCUGCAGUGGAGUUAAUUUUUUUCAUUUUCUUUUUAUCCACUACCUCAGAAGGCUUUUAUUUUGGAGGGCGACUCCAAAACAGCGGAUUUGCUCCAGAGAAUUGGGGCAGUGUUUGCUCGGUUUGGUGAGCGUACAGUAGUGUCUGUUAUUGAUGGCCCUGUGGAGAAGUUGUGUCACGUUAACCACAAAUAAAAGUAGGGCAGUAAGUUUGAAGCGAGCAGGAGCUGAGUCAGAAAAGCAGCUGAGGAUAGAAGCUGGCAACUGGGAUUUUCCAGCUAUUUGUUGAAAAAAAUAGUUAAAAGUAGGAAGAGCGUGCAGUGCAGUCAGCUUUGAUCUGGUUACCUACACCCACAGUGAAAAGCUUGCCUUCGGCUGGGUUUUUUUUAAAAGAAAGAUGUUAAAGGCUGUCGGCUAUCUUUCACUGCCAGAUUCAAAACCUGAGAAGUUGCCCAGUUACCCACAGGUCAUUUGAGUGCAUCAACUCCCGUCAAGUCUGCACACACUGGUGGUUAUUGAGGCUUAAAGCGGCUUAACGAGCCCUCAGGAAACCUCCUAGGACUGCUCCGAAGCUCGUGUUUGUGCGUUUUAAUAGGAUUGCUUAUUAGCUAAGACAUUUUGAAACCAACCAAAGGCCUGAACGAGACUGUACGCAGAAAAUUGUCUGCAUACCUGCUCUCAAACAGUCAGGCAGGUUUCCUUUUGUCCCUUUGAUGAGUGAUGUUUCCUCAGCACACUGUGGGGAAAACAGGUUUCCAGCCUCUUUAGUGUAACGCAACAGCUCCCUCUGCUGUCGUUACCCAGGCACACACAGCACAUACGUUUCCGAUGAGGCUUUUAAAAAUUGUGAAAAUGCUUUUUUUUCUUCUUUUUUUUUUUUUUAACUUAAAACGAAACAAAAUUAUAUGACCGUACGGAAGCUUGUUUAUGCCACUAAAAUAAAAACAAAAAACACAAUGUUGCCGUUCAGACUUCUGAGAACAUAACUUUAAAUGGUUAGUAUUUCAAAAUUUCAGCUUUCUCAGAAGUUUCGCUCAGCAAGAUGACAUUUUGAAGAAAUAAAAAAAAUUACAUUCUUCUAGUGGCAGAAACAACCUUCCAUAGAUUGAACUUUAUCACUUUAUCUACUUGUUUUGGAGGGCGAUGCAAGGCCAAAAAUACAGCUUUUCAUUCCAAGAGAAAUUUGGAAGAGAUGUCCGACAAACACUGAACACCAAAUCUUCAGCCCCAGUCCAGAAAAUUUGUUUAAAAAAAAAAAAAAUCAAAUGUAUUUAAAUUAAAAAAUCCGAAAGUG